UUGGUUAGCUCAGUUGUAGUCGAGUCACUGAAAUCGCAUACAGGAAGUGAAGGACAACAAUCAGCAUGUAGCUGGACGAAAACCACUGAAUUAUAGUGGCUAUUUCAACGAACUAAUGCAAACCAACGCAUGUAUAUACAGUGAGAAUUACCGGCACCAUGCGGAGACUGUCGCGGAAGAAAGCUCUCAAUCUGGUGAAGGAGCUAGAUGCCUUUCCCAAGGUCCCAGAGAGCUACGUGGAGACGACAGCAAGUGGAGGAACAGUGUCUCUGGUGGCCUUCAUGGCCAUGGCUCUCCUGGCAUUCUUCGAGUUCUUCGUCUAUCGAGACACAUGGAUGGCCUACGAGUAUGAAGUGGACAAGGAUUUUUCAAGUAAAUUACGAAUAAAUGUAGACAUCACCGUUGCCAUGAGAUGCCAAUUUGUAGGUGCAGAUGUCUUGGACUUGGCCGAGACGAUGGUGGCUUCAGAUGGUCUUCAGUACGAACCAGUUGUCUUUGAACUGACUCCCCAUCAAAGGAUCUGGCAUAGGACUUUGCUUCUGAUCCAGAACCGUCUGCGAGAGGAGCAUUCGUUGCAGGACAUCCUGCUGAAGAGCCUGCUGAAGGGGUCCCCGACCGCACUGCCUCCACGUGAAAUGGACAAUACUCAGUCUCCAAAUGCAUGUCGGAUACAUGGGCACCUCUAUGUCAAUAAGGUUGCUGGGAAUUUCCACAUCACAGUUGGCAAGGCAAUUCCACAUCCACGAGGCCAUGCACACCUGGCUGCUCUGGUCAGCCAUGAGACGUACAACUUUUCUCACCGAAUUGACCAUCUGUCGUUUGGCGAAGAAAUCUCUGGCAUCAUCAAUCCACUGGAUGGCACGGAGAAAGUGUGCGCUGACCAUAAUCAGAUGUUCCAGUACUUUAUUACUAUUGUGCCCACAAAACUGAAAACCUACAAGAUCUCAGCAGAAACGCACCAAUACUCCGUCACAGAGAGGGAACGAGUGAUAAACCACGCUGCUGGUAGUCAUGGUGUUUCUGGAAUCUUCAUGAAGUAUGACAUCAGUUCUCUCAUGGUGACGGUCACUGAGCAGCACAUGCCCCUGUGGCAGUUCCUGGUGCGCCUCUGUGGCAUCAUUGGGGGCAUCUUCUCCACCACGGGCAUGCUCCAUGCUCUGGUUGGAUUCUGUGUGGAUGUUGUUUGCUGUCGGUUUAAACUGGGGGUCUACAAACCCAAAGAGGAGGGUCUCUUGGAUGCACACAACAGCCAAUCACCGUCACUCCCAGAGACCAGUGAGUAAUGUCACAACACUGGUCAAGAUCAAUUAUGGAACCACCUUAGGAAAAAACAUCUCUUUCAAAUGUUGAUUUAACUUAAUAAUUCUUUGUGCAUUAUAAACAUUUACAAGCGUUGUUAAGCUAAAUCAACAUCGUCCUUGCAUCAUGUUGCCUUUUGUGUUGUUAAACCGGUUCAUGGCAGCACACUUUAUUCAGUACGUCUUAUUGAAAGAUGGUGCUCCUCCCGCUCUCGUCAUGUGACUGGCUUCCAGCUUCAUUUGGUUGAAUGAUAAGAAGAAAGAACAACACCCAGAAGAGAGCUGUUUAACUUUACAGACUUUUUU